AUGCACUACACUCCAUCCUGCACUACCCUCCACCCUGCACUACACUUAACCAGGCACUACCAUCUACGCGACACUACCCUCCACGCGGCACUACCCACCACCCUGCACUACCUUCGACCCUACACUACUCUCUACCCUGCACUACCCUCCACGCAGCUUUACCCUCCACCCUGCACAACCCUCCACCCGGCACAACUCUCCAUCCGGCACUACCCUCCACCUGGCACUACCCUCCACCCGGCACAACCUUCCACCCGGCACAACUCUCCAUCCGGCACUACCCUCCACCCGGUACAACCCUCCACCAUGCACUACACUCCAUCCUGCACUACCCUCCACCCUGCACAACCCUCCACCCGGCACAACUCUCCAUCCGGCACUACCCUCCACCUGGCACUACCCUCCACCCUGCACUACCCUCCACCCGGCACAACCCUCCAGGCGGCACUACCCUCCACGCAUCACUACCCUGCACCCUGCACAAUCCUCCACCCUGCACAACCCUCCACCCUGCACUACACUCCACCAUGUACUAGCCUCUACCGGGCACUACCCUCCACCCUGCACAAACCUCCACCCUGCACUACCCUCAAUCCAGCACUACCCUCCACGCAACACUACCCUACACCCUGCACAAACCUCCACCCGCCACAACCUUCCACCGGGCACUUACCUCCAAGUUGCACUACCGUCCACCCUGCACUACCCUCCACCGUGCACUACCCUCCACACUGUACUACCCUCCACCCGGCAAAACCCUCCACCCUACAAAACCCUCCACCCGGCACAACCCUCCACGCUACACUGCCCUCCACCCGGCACAGCCCUCCAAACGGCACUACCCUCCACGCGACACUAGCCUCCACCCUGCACAACCCUCCACCCGGCAUAACCCGCCACUGGGCACUACCCUCCACACGGCACUACCCUCCACCCUGCACAACACUCCACCUGGCACAACUCUCCAUCCGGCACUACCUUCCCCCUGGCACUACCCUCCACCCUGCACUAGCCUUUACCCUGCACUACCUUCCACCCUGCACAACCCUCCACCCAGCACAACCAUCCACCCGGCACAACCCUCCACGCUGCACUACCCGCCAUCAGACACAACCCUCCAAACAGCACUACCCUCCACACGGCACUACCCUCCACCCUGCACAACCUUCCACCCAGCACAACACUCCACCCGGCACAACUCUCCAUCCGGCACUACCCUCCACCCGGAACAAACCUCCACCCUGCACUACACUCCACCCGGCACUACCCUCUACGCGGCACUACCCUCCACACUGCACUACCCACCACUGUGCACUACCUUCCACCCUACACUACUCUCUACCCUGCACUACCUUCCACGCAGAAUUACCCUCCACCCUGCACAACCCUCCACCCGGCACAACUAUCCAUCCGGCACUACCCUCCACCUGGCACUACCCUCCAUCCUGCACUACCAUUUACCCUGCACUACCCUCCACCCUGCACUACCCUCCACACGGCACAACCCUCCACGUGGCACUACACUCCACGCUUCACUACCCUCCACCCUGCACAAUCCUCCACCAUACAAAACCCUCCACCCUGCACUACCCUCCACCCUGUACUACCCUCUACACUGCACUACCCUCUACCCUGCACUACCCUCCACCCGGCACAACCCUCCAGCCAGCACAACCCUCCACAUGGCACAACCCUCCACGCGGCACUACCCUCCACCCUGCACAACCCUCCACCCGGCACAACUCUCCAUCCGGCACUACCUUCACCAGGCACUACCCUCCACCCUGCACUACCCUCCACCCGGCACAACUCUCCAUCCGGCACUACCCUCCACCUGGCACUACCCUCCACCCUGCACUACCCUCCACCCGGCACAACUCUCCAUCCGGCACAACCUUCACCAGGCACUACCUUCCACCCUGCACAACCCUCCACCUGGCACUACCCUCCAUCCUGCACUACCCUUUACCCUGCACUACCUUCCACCCGGUACAACCCUCCACCCGGCACAACCCUCCACCCUUACACUCCACCCUGUACUACCCUCCACCCGGCACAAUCCUCUACCCGGCAGAACCCCACACCCGGCACAACCCUCCUCCCGGCACAACCCUCCACGCUGCACUACCCUCCACGCUGCAAAACCCUCCACCCGGCACAACUCUCCAUCCGGCACUACCUUCACCAGGCACUAGCCUCCACCCGGCAUAG